AUUAUGAACAGUCACUACAGAUGAGGACGAGUAUCCAUGGCGAGGACACUGUACAUCCUGACAUAGCCUCCACACUUAGCAACUUGGGUGCCGUCUGGGGUGACCUUGGUGAUUACAGGAAGGCGAUCAGUUAUUAUGAACAGUCACUACAGAUGGUGCGGAGUUUCUAUGGUGAGGACACUGCCCAUCCUGACAUUGUUCGAUCACUUAGCUGCUUGGGUAGCGCAUGGAGAAACCUUGGCGAUUACAGAAAGUCAAUCAGCUACUAUGAACAGUCACUACAGAUGGAGCGGAGAAUCUAUGGUGAGGACACUAAACAUCCUGACAUUGCUUCCUCACUUAACACUUUGGGUGCCACCUGGGUAUUCCUUAGUGAUUACAGAAAGGCAAUGACGUAUCAGGAACAGGCACUACAGAUGAGGAGGACUAUCUAUGGUGAGGACACUGUACAUCCUGACAUUGCCGAGUCACUUAACGACUUGGGUACCGUCUGGAGUGAUCUUGGUAAUCACAGAAACGCGAUCAGUUAUUAUGAACAGGCACUACAGAUGAGACAGGAUAUAUAUGGUGAGGACACUGCAAAUCCUGACAUUGCGAGCUCACUUAACAACUUGGGUGUCACUUGGGAUGACCUUGGUGAUUACAGAAAGGCGAUCAGCUACUAUGAACAGUCACUACAGAUGGAGAGGAGUAUCUAUGGUGAGGAACAUCCUGGCAUUGCCAAUACACUCAGCAAUCUGGGUACCGCCUGGAGCAACCUUGGUGAUCACAGCAAGGCGAUCAGCUACUUUGAACAGUCAAAACGGAUGAUGCAGUCUAUCUAUGGUGAGGACACUGCACAUCCUGACAUUGCCGAC